GCGCGGCGGGCCGCGGGGCGGGGACCAUGGCCAACGCCGCCGAGUCCCCCGGCAAGGCGGCCGAGUACCUGCAGGAGCUGACCCGGAUCGUCGCGGCGCAGCAGGAGCUGCUGGCGCGCCGGGGGCGGCGCAUCGAGGAGCUGGAGCGCCAAGUGGCGCGGCUGAGCAGCGAGAACGCCGGCCUGCUGGAGCGGCACCGGCGACACCUGGCCGCGUGCGCCCGCCGCCCGGCCCCCGGCCCUGGCCCGCCACCACUCGGCGCCAUCCCGGAGCUCGGUGGCCGCCGCGACAAGUCUGAAGGAGAAGGCUCCCGGAGUAUCAGGCAGGUGAUGUUGAAACCGAGCCCUGAAGGAGGACGCAUGGGAAAGACAUAUCAGUGGGGGGAACAAAGUGUGCUUGGACCUGCAUGGAAGCUGUCUACCUGGGUGUCAAGUCUCGGUCGCAUGUCCCACUCUCUGCUCGGACCCCUGUUGCCUAUCCUGCUGUAA